AUGGAGUCGUUGCAACCGGCGUCAUCCACAGUUGUGCCAUGUUCAGAGCUUGAAGUUUCCGAGAUAGUCAAGUAUUGGUUAAAGUUGAAAAACUACCAGGUGAACCAGGAAGAUAAACUGAAAUGUAUUAACAGUGCAAGUAAACUGACUAAACCAUCAACUGAAAGCCUAGGACCUAUUGUGCAUAUUAUGAGAGAAGCACUCUUAGAUGAAGAUACUUUUGUGCGUUAUUCAGCAGCAAUAGCUAUGGGAGACAUCUUAAAUGAUCACUUUGAUAAUAUAAAUUUCACUCACGUGUUCAAUGACAUGGUCUCUUCAAUGUCAACAAUGGAGUAUGGAUGGAGAGUGAGCAUUCUUGACUUAUUGUGGCAUCAUCUAUCACAGUCUGAGAGCAGAAAGAACUGCUAUGUGGCUGUGACAGUGGUAGGGCAGCGAUGGAUGUACUUAUGUGAACUGUGUCUUUUUGAUUGUCUUGAUGAAUGUAAAUCUUCUUCACUCAUCAAACAAACAUCUGAAAAGGUUGUCAUGCACUGUCAAUUUCUCCGCUUAUGGAAGAGAAUUAUAAAAAGAUGUGUUAACAGCAAACAUGAACAAAUUUUUGACUUUUUGAAACCAGUUUUGAAGUUGGUAUCAGUGGUUAGACCCAAGAUUCUGGAAAGUAAAAUGACAUUUCGGGCUGUGUUGAAAUUAAUUAAUGUUGUUGUAAAAAAUAUUGCCAAGAUUUCAGAAUUAGAGGGUGUUUUAAAAGACAUAAGUGUUCAACUUGCAAAAAGUUUUGUGGACUGCUUCAGUCCCGAAUGGUUUGAAGAAUUUCCAAGUGAUUUUAAAGAUGGCUUUGGAGGAGAAUUAACAAUCAAUUCAAAAAGUCAACAAAACUUUUUAAUUUGUAGAAUAGUUGGAAACAUUUGCAUAAAACUUGUUUCAGUUGUACCUGGACUAGAUAUAGAUUCCAGCAGCAGUAAUUUAUCAUCAUCUUUCAGAGUCUUAAUUUCUCUAGAUGCCUGUGUGGGUAGAACUACAUCACUUUAUCAUUUUCUUUGGGUUCCAGCUGUUUACUCAGAGCAAGAUGAUGCAUGGAUUAAUAUUUUAAUGACAUUGUUGGAGAUAUACAUUGACAGGAAAUCCAGAUUACAAGAAGAGGAAGCCUGUACUGGGACUCAGGAUGUAUUAAAUAUGAUCCAACCUCACAAACAAUUUUUACUGUUUUUAGACAACACUGGAUUUGAUGACACUCUAAUCGUGGACCUUCUGAUCUCACCAGAAACCUGCUUUCUUGCUUAUUUUACUAAGUACCUACGGCUUGUCUCUUCUGAAUGGACAGACUUUGUUAGUACACAUUUUGAGUACACCGCAAAUACUUCAGUGGACAGCAGACUCGACAAUGGGGAAAACGUACACUCAGAAGCAGAGUUAUUCUCCGAGGAUGAAAAUCCAUUAACAUCUCUUGAUAAAGAAUAUGAUACUGUAAAAAAUUCUGGUCCAGAACUGACAAUAUCUCAUGGAUUAGCAUUACUACAUCAGUAUGGUGAUAAUGACGAAGAGGAAACUGACAAUGAAGAGGAUAUUAAAACAAGCAUGGGAAAACCUUGUGUCCACAAUGAGAUUGAUCAUACCACUGAACCUCAAUUUGAUGUUUUCCCCCCAAAAAUCAACAAGUGUUUGGAAGAAACAAUGUCCGUGUUAAUCAAAGUUAGAUUGAAAAUAGAGAAAUACAAGGAUUCCAGUAUAUUACCAUAUGAUCCUACAGUUUUAAUUCAUUUGAUAGAGAAAGUGGAAGAAAUAUAUGAGGAGUAGAUGCUGAGGAAUUACAACAAGAUACAAUGUAUUUCAUCUGAUAAUGAAUGUUACAUAUCGGUGUCCUUACUUUGAUAGAAGUGUUUGUUGAUUAUCCUGAAAAAUGAUUAAAAAAUUAAA